CUGAAGCGGCAAGGACAGACGGCUGGGUCUGUUUCAGAAAGGGAGAUCCUGUCUGGAGAAGUAAAAGCACCAUCAGAUGGUGAGGUGAGACGGAUGCCGCACGGAUCCUCCUGUCCUGAAGCUGGACCUUGAGCCCUGCACGCCUAAGUUUGCCCUAGAGAAAACAGCCUUAUUGGAUCCAGUUCCAUGCUCUGCUCAACGUGGACCACGUCCCUUGGUCAACUGGCUCCCAUCUGCUUCUUGCAUUGUGAUGGAAUCUAGUGCCAUUAAGUUAUAACACGGCUGCUGUGUGAUAUUUGCUUCUCUCCCCUGCCAGUACCGGCAGCUCAAUCCCAGCCAUGGGUCCUCCUCCUACCCACCUGCUGACAGGCCCAGUUGGUGCCAAAAAAUGGCACAAAGAUACUGAAACAGCACUGAAAGAAACCACCAAAGUGACGAAGCGCUGUGGGAAAGAGGCCCUUGAUCUUUGGCGCUCAGUCCAACCUCCAGACCAGCCUGAGGAAACACCAUACGAACACAAGGCCAAGAUUGACUCCUGGAGAUUUAAGCUUGAUGUCCUGGCAACUGGAGAGGUGAAGACCAAACCUCCAGAAGGACCAGGAGUGACCCUAUGGAAAAGCAAAUUGAAACCUCCCCCUUGGAUCUGCAAAAUCGCUUUGCCGUGCUGUCGCGACUUCAGUACCAUGAAGAACAAUGAGUUUGUGGCUCAGUAUGUGAGGGAGACCCGCCUAGUGGUGAGCCGUCUGCGCCAGGCCCUCAUUGAGAUCAAUGAGCAGUUCAAGGGGCUGCUGCGCCUGAGACAGAAGCUUGAUGCUACUUUGGAUAAAGUUCGCCAGGGCCUCGUCACCAACAAGCAGAGCCAAGCCAUCCGGGAGCACCGGCCAGAAUCAGAAAAGGUACCUGACAAGGCAGAUGCAUUGAUGAAAUGGGAGAAGGAGGAGUUCCUUAAACUGAAAGCCAAGCUGGAGGGGAUGAUGGCACUGUCAGGAGAUCAUCUCAAGGCCCUGGGCACAUGCAGGCAAACCCUGGACACCUUGUGUUGUGAACGUGGUCGCGUACUGGACCUGGUGCCACAGCCUCUGCGCAUGGUUCUCCUAGGGGCUGGACGUGAUUCCUGGCUUAGACUGGGUCGGCCUUCGUCCCCUUGGGUGGAGCGAAAUGAGACACCUGUCCCUGACCCUGUUGGACCCUUUACGCCAGACUGUGCAGCAGCUCUGGAACAGGCUCGCCGCCUCACCUUCCUUACCAAGGAUAUGAUACUUCAGCUACAGAAGACUAUCAAUGAAGCAGAGAACAUCCGUAAUACAGCCCACAAUACUAUUGAAAACAGCCUGCAAGGCAAGAGGGAUGAGACACUCUCUCAUAAGGAACGGCUAGACAUGAGCCUUGGAGGGACACGUAGUACUCUGCACCGCUGCCAGCGUUUCCAGCAUGAGAUGUGCAUCACACGAGGAAUGGCUUUGGGUCCUGCAAGUAGCAAGUACUUGGAGACACGAGAGAAGCUGACACGGCCAGCGGUGAAGGUGUUCCAAAGACAUGUGGGAACACAGUUGCCUGAAGCCGCAAUCCUCAACCAGUCUACAGCCCAGUUAGAUCGCUCCAUUGAAGAUACAGCUGAAAAUAUCCAGCACCUAAAAGCCACCCGGUGUUACUUGCGCCAGUGCAUUCAUGACAAGCAGACAGGUUAUGACGUCGAUGGUAGCAUUAAACGGUUGCGGCAGCGCCGCGUGCACCCUCGCACCACCAUGAAAGAGACUCUUGAGCUGGUCUACACCUAGCAAGCAAAUGAAUGGAGAGAACAUGAAAAUAAAGAGCUGGACACCCUA